GUGUGACGUAACUCUAUAAAAGAGAGUGUUGUGAAGACGCCGCUGCUAUACCGUUUCCGAUCGCCUGCCUCGGUCAUAGCGUCCCGAACAACGAUAUACAAGGACGCGGGCGGAACCUCUUCCGCAAGAGCCCUAAGGACUCGACAGUGAAACCAAAAAGAUACGAGAUGAGGUCGUUGUUAUUCUUAGCGGCUGUGUGCUGCUUAGUGUUGUCGGCUUACGCGAGCCCUAUCUCGCGGCCUGAGGAGUCAGAGGUGAAGGAAGUGGCGAGGCAAGCGGCUCCCGCUGCUGCUGCCGCACCAGCCGCCUCAGAUGACGAUGACGAUGACGAUGACGAUGAUGACGACGAUGAUGAUGUUGACCUCGGUGACCCAUUAGCAGAUGACGAUGACGACGAUGAGGAAGAAGACGAUGAAGAAGAAGCAGACGAUGAUGAGGAUGAUGAUUACUUAGAGAGGUUCUUCGAUGAUAUCUUAGGAGGCGAAGAUGAUGAUGACGAUGACGACGACUCAACAGGCGUACAAUCAGUCGUAGCUUCAGCAGACACCGUUGCAGCUGCACCAGCGCCUGCUCCUGUAGCAGCUGUAGAAGAGGCCGCCGCAGCCUCAGAAGAAGUAGAGGCAGUUGAGGGAGAAGCCGCCGCAGAAGGCGAAGAGCCAGAAGCGGGACAAAAAGAACCCGCCAGUGCAGAAAUCGAGGCCCCCAUAUCCGGCAACUCUGAAGUAGCAGCUGCAGCUGAAAGCGACGAUGACGAAGAGGAGGAUGACGACAUCACUGACGCACUCGACCCCGAGGAUGAUGAUGACGACGAAGAGGAGGAAGAGGAUGACGACGAUGACGAUGAUGACUUAUCUGACGCACUCGGCAGAAACAAACAAGCACGUGCUUUGGCGGACGAACCAGUAAAGAAACCGCCGGUCCCUGCGAUCUACAUAGUUAAAUAUAACAGAUUUGUGGACAACAUUCUCGAAAAAAUGAAUGAUAUAUUGAGGCGAUCCUACGAUCCUGUUAACGUCAAACUGCAGCCUAUUGAUGCAAGCAAAAAGACAACAAAGCCGAAGAAGAACCAAAAGAAAUCGAACAAAAGGAAAUCCUCUAACAAAAAGAAGAAUGCCGCUCGUGGAGGAGUUUCAGAGAAGAAGGAAAACGAAAGCAUCCCAGAAAAAGUUGUAGAAAAUAAUAAUGUUGACGAAAAGUUAAAAAAUGAGGAACUCAACAAAAUCAUACCCGAGCAAGAAGUAACUGAAUCCAGAGCUUCGAAAGCGAAACCAACAACUAAAGCAAAAACAACAACCGCAAAACCAAAACCAGCUAAAGCCACAUCUAAACCGAAGCCUAAACCACCGACAAAGACCACUACAAAGAAACCAGCCAAUAAAAACAAAAUAAAGACUGCUGAAAAGAGCAAACCACGUGCUAAAGGUACACUGUAUGGAUUGUCUUCUUUGAGAAGGAGUGGCGAUGUUGCAGUUAACAUAUUGAGUGAUCACACAACAGUGAAGAGCAACUUUGCAGUUGGCCCUCUUAUAUUAAGAGUGGAAAAGGAGGUUGGGCGAGGUGCGAAGAAAGAAAUCAAAUCGGCCACAGCGACCACUGCUGAAAUGAUGGGAAAGAUUACACUACGUGUUAACAAUGACGGAGUGGCCACUUUGCAUUCCAUUAAAGUGUUACAGCCUAAACAGGUGCGUGUGGACAGCAACCAUGAGAGAACGCGUGAGUUGGUCUGGCAACGUAGUGCACGCAUCGCCCAUGUCGUAUCAGAGAAACUGAGGUCCGCGUCCAAACCAAUGUUCCUCCAGCAGCCUGUAGUCAGGCAAUAAAUUUGAACAUCAAAAAGCCUCAAUAGCUCAACGACAAAGGGAAUCAACCGAGAGGAUGUAGUUUGAUCCCUGCUCGCUUGACUAUUGUCGUACCCAUUCCUAAAAGACUUAUUCUUUUAUGUAAAAAAAAUUACAAAGAAAUGAGCUAACUUUGUUGUUAAACUUACCGAAUUCGUUAGGCUGUUUAUCAUCUAAUUUAUCACAUCACACAAAAGCUCGAGAAAACGAUAUUUCUAUAGUUAAGGACCGGACUCAAUUAAACGAGAUCUUGGGUACUUUACUAGAGUCCUGGUCGUUUACUUUAUUUAGUGAUGGGAUAUUUGAUCAAGUAUAAAGGUCAACACAGAGAUUAAAAUUGUUUGGUAGAAAUGGGUAAAUAUUGGAAAAUAAUAAUUGGAGACUGUGUUGAUUUGUCUAUUUCAAUUAAUUAAUUAUGUAUUUACUAUUAAAACAUUCAUGCUGAAUUUACAUGUCCCUUUGGAAUUUUGCUUACUGUUAUAGACAAAUCGACAAAAAUACGUUUUAGUAGGUACAUACAUAAGUAAAGUAGGGAUUAUAUGGUGCGAUUUUAUAGAUGCUAAGUUAUAAGAUACUCAUGAUGGAAUAGUCAGAAAGUGCAUUUAUUAUUGUAACUUAAUGGUGCUAUUUAUUAAUAUAUUAUUCAAUGAAUUACAUAUAAAUUAUAAUUUAGAUUGUAUUAAAAAAAAAAGAAAAUAUAAUAUA